AUGGUGGUAGACGAGGAAAAGGCAGAGACCAGCCGAGCACUCCCUCAAGAGAUCCAUGCUCCAAGAACCACAGCUACCCGAGAUGUAGAGCCAAACAAGGAGCUUGAAUCUCCUAAUGAAUCCACCAAUCCAGCUCUUGUGCGUCCAGAAAUCUCUCCGAGCGAAGGCUUGAACCCAGCAUUAGAGCAUAUCCCUACGCCAAUGGUAGUGCCACGAUCAAAACGGCGGGGACUACUUGGAUUAUUGACCAUUAUACCAGAAGUCGAAAAUCCACAAAACUAUAAGAAUGGUACUAAAUGGCUGAUAACAUUCAUUGUUGCAGUGGCAGGUGCUGCAGCACCGCUAGGAAGUGCUAUAUUCUUUCCUGCACUUACUGAACUCUCGGAAGACUUUCAUGCUUCCAAAACACUCACCAAUCUCGCUGUGGCCAUGUAUCUUUUAGCUAUGUCUAUAUUUCCACUCUGGUGGUCCGCUUUUUCGGAGAUAUUUGGCCGUCGAACAAUAUGCUUGAUAUCUUUCGCGCUCUUUACGCUAUGGAGUGCUAUUGCCGCAAUAUCUACUUCCAUGGCAAUGCUGAUCGUAAUGAGAGUGUUAGGAGGGGGUGCAGCUGCCUCCGUUUUGGCUAUCGGUGCAGGAACUAUUGCGGAUAUUUGGGAGCCAAAGGAGCGUGGUCGUGCGAUGGGAAUAUUCUUCCUAGGUCCUAUGUUGGGGCCGCUCCUAGCUCCGAUUAUUGGUGGAGCAGUAGCGGAAAAAUGGGGCUGGCGAAGUACCCAAUGGUUUCAGACUAUCUAUGGAGGGGUAUUAUUGAUUCUGUUGUUAUUUUGCCUUCCUGAGACACUCACAAGACGAGCUCCAGUCGUCGAGGAACUCGCUGAUGGGAACAUUACAUCUCAUCGACCUAAUUUUGCUCCCUUGCCGACUUCGCCAUCUAUUCAACAUAGAAUGAAAAGGAUGGUAGUCAUUUCAAAACAGUCAAUAAUUGAUCCAUUAAAGAUAUUGGGCUAUCUUCGAUUUUCAGCCGUCUCGGUCACAGUCUACAUCGGGAGCAUAACCUUUGGAUCUUUAUACAUAUUGAACAUUGCUAUCCAAAAGACAUUUGGGGAGGAGCCGUAUGAGUUUUCUGAGGUAGUAGUCGGGCUGACAUAUAUCCCAGGCUCACUAGGCUACAUUGUGGCAGGUUUUGUGGGAGGUAAAUGGUCGGAUGCUAUCAUGCAUCGAGAAGCUCGUGCUGCAGGGCGAUUUGAUGAAUCGGGAAAACUAAUUCUCCGACCAGAAGAUCGCAUGAGAGAAAACGUUUUACUUGCUGCUGCUAUUUAUCCUGCUGGUCUUUUAUGGUUUGGAUGGACUGCAGAGGAAGGAGUUUAUUGGAUCGUCCCCUUGAUUGCGAAUUUCUUCUUUGGGUUUGGAACUAUGAUCAUUUUUUCCACUGCAACUACUAUGUCAGUAUCUCCUUCGCGAAACCAACAAAUCAUUCAGAGAACUAUUUCCAAUAAUGCAAAAAUAGGCUUACGGAGUUUCUCCCCAAACGAAGUUCGAGCGGUGUAG